CUUGUAUUUUGCCACACCUCACUUCCAUAUACAUUCUACAAAUCUUUAUAUUCUCUUCCUUAUUCAUUCCCCUGCACUUCAUCUUUUACCAGAGGCCAUCAUGGGUGUUGUGACUUUUGAGAAGGAAAUUACAACUUCAAUCCCACAGGCCAAAAUGUUCAAGGCCUUUAUCCUUGAAUCUGACACUCUAAUCCCCAAAGUUUUGCCUCAAGUUAGUAUAGAGUUCCUUGAAGGAAAUGGCGGACCAGGAACUAUUAAGAAGACUUCCUUUGCUGAAGGUGGUGAAGUUAAGUAUAUUAAAACCAGAAUUGAAGCAACAGACAAAGAUAAUUUCACACACUGCUAUAGUGUCAUUGGAGGUGAGCCAUGGAUGGAUGGAUUAGAGAAGACUUCUUAUGAAAUUAAAAUAGUGGCUUCUUCUGAUGGAGGAUCCAUUGUCAAAAGCAUCAGCAAGUACUAUCCUAAAGAAGGUUGUGAGAUCAAUGAAGAAAGAGUCAAGGCUGGAGCAGAGAAGGCCUUCGGCAUGUUUAAGGCCGUUGAAGCUUAUGUCUUGGCAAAUCCUGAUGCUUGUUAAUUUGAAUCUGUCCAACUUGAAGUGAAGAAUUAGUUUUCAUGUUUUCUUUUAUUUAUUGUGUAAUAUUUAUUUUUCUUUACUUUGGCUUCACAAUAAAAAUUUAAAAUUCUAUACUUGUAUUGACCGGUUGGUUUAUGCUCUAAUUAUAGAGUAUAAAUCCAAGUUCACAAUAAAUAUUUCGUAAUUUCCUUUGUUUA